GAUUAAAGAAUAAGGUUAUAGCUUAGAUGGUUACUUACAAAUAAGUUGUAAUCAAACCAUAACAAAUAACUAAAGGAAUAAAUUGAAUACCACCUAGAGAGAAAAUUUAUACUUUUCGUCAAAGCAUUUAAAUCGCCCGCUCAAACCAGUCAUGAAUAUAUCUGCGCUCUUUAGCGAAUUUAGCAAUAAAUCGGGCGAACAGAGUACUGGCAUCAAUUGGUUUGUGGCCCAUGCAUUAUUCCAUGUGAUAACAAAUUAUUUCUUGACGCAGGCUGCAUACUUUACUAUGACGCUCUGCUGUCGCGAUGAACACACUUGCAACUUCUACAAUGACAUGAUGGAGAAACUAUUUCAACUAUGGGAUAUAGAGAUACUAGAACUGAUAGUUGUGCACGCGAACUCCAGCUUUAGAGUGCCAGGUGAUAGAAAAUACAAUUUAAUCUUAACCGAUUCAUAUAAAGCCUUCUUAGAAAUCGAUAUUGUCAGCAAUACACACCAUUCUGAUAGCAAUGAGUAUUACUUCAUAUUUCUGCAAGCCAGAGAUCAUCUUUUGCACAAUGAAAUGCAACAAAUAUUCGAUUAUUGCUGGUCGCAUUAUCUCAUUAAUUGCAUUGUACAGGUACAAACGGCGAGUGGUGAAGUUUUAAUUUAUACCUAUUUUCCGUUUACCGCGAAACAUUGUUACAAAAUAGAGCCCAUCUUGUUUAAUCAGUUUAAUGGUACCGGAUUUAUUGCUCCCGAACUUUUUCCAAGGAAAUUAAACAAUUUUUAUGGCUGCAAACUUAAAGCAGCUGUUUGGAAUAUAGCCCCCUUCGUAACUUUGCGAACCAAUAGAAGGGGACAAACUAGAAUAAAAGGUGGUUUCGAAGGUGCUAUGGUCAAUACAAUAGCAGAAAAACUCAACUUCUCGAUUGAAAUAGUAAUCCCACCUAAGAAUGAACAACGUGGUUAUAUGGUUAAUGGCACUUACAAUGGAGCUAUAGGAAUGCUACAUAGACGUGCUGUUGAUUUCUCUUUCGGUUGCUUUCGUCAGAGCCAUGAACGUUCAACAUAUGCCUCACCGACAGUGCCUUAUCAUCAGGAGCAGAUAAUUGCGAUUGCGUAUAAAGCAGCAUAUCAAUUCAACUCUUUGGAACUACUAAUACAUCCAUUUACGACUUAUGCUUGGCUUAUGGUUUUAGUAAUUACAAUACUAGCACUCAUUUUGCAGUACAUAGACAAUAUGGUUUUGUUAAAAUAUCCAAAUGAAAUUGAAGACAAACUUCCAAGUUUCUUGCGUAUUGUUGAAAGUAUGCUUGGUGUGUCUAUUUCGCGGCUACCAAAGAAUUCAGUAAGACGAUUUUUCAUCUUACAGUGGUUCCUGGUUAUGUUUGUUAUACGUAGCUCUUAUCAAGCCAUACUUUUUCAUUUAAUACGCACUCAACAAACAAAACCUGUACCGAAGACAAUAGAUGAUUUGCUAUCCCAAAACUACAACGUUAUUAUGAAUCAGCAGACAUAUGGUAUUGUGAAAGACAUUACGUUUGCGAGUAGAUUUGUGCCUGAAGUUCCACCCACUGGUACCAAUGCAUUACUUAUUAUUCAAGAUACAACGCGUGGCCCGUCAGUGGCUGUAACAUCUAUUACUUUUUUUGCGGAUUUCAUAUAUAAACAACAAAAAGCUGGAUUUUAUAUUAUAAUACCCGAACAAUUUGUAGUGUUCUAUAUAACAAUGUAUCUCAGCAAACACUCAUAUCUACUCGAUGAGUUUAACGAUCAAAUUUCUUGGAUACGUGGAGCCGGUCUUCCCGGUGCUUGGUUGAGUUGGGAAACAGACUUCAAUUACUAUAGUGCUGGGCAAAUUAUACAGGACCAAUUGUUUGGCAUGGAUGAACUGUCGGCUGCAUUUCUUAUUAUAUGUCUUGGUUCUAUUUUUUCUAGUAUUGUGUUUGGAUUAGAACUAAUUUCUUCAAAAUCAAAAUUAAUUAGAACUUUACAGAAGCUUAAAUACUACAAACUAACAUUAAAUGUACCCAUAAAUUAA